AGGAAGAGUGCAACAAGUAAAGUAUUAUGAUAUAAAAAACAUAACCUCCACUGUAUAUUAAGAAAUAGUUAUAAAUUACGAAAAAAGAGGUCAAAAGUUGGCAUCGACUCGUCAUUUUUUGUAUAUCGAAAGACAAAUCGAAAACCGAAUUUUUUAGUUUCAAAACAAUUUUUAUUAAACAUUUUUCACUGCAUAAAAGCAAAAUGUUUUUCCAAAUCAUAAUUCAAUUAUUUCUGGUUACAUUUUUGAAAACGUCAUUGGCUGCACCGAGUUAUACACAUGAGAUAACAGAAGAAAUACCUACUAAUGAGAUUACAGAAGAAUCACCUAUUAGUGAGUUAAGUGAAUUUGAAAAACAUUUCAAAUCUAUUACGCCAGACUUUAAAGACACAAAAAUAAAUUCUAAAAUUUUAAAAAAGCUUUUAAUGAAAUUUGGUUAUAAAGUAACUGAACAAAAUAGUAAAGAAUAUUUAUUAGAAUUAGAUCCAAAAGGUGAAGGAACGUGUAGCUUAAAUAAAUUCUUGGAGCUUCCAUCUAAUAAUACUGAAAAAGAAUUAAAAAAAGAAUUAAAAACAACAUUCAAAAUAAUUGACAAGAAUAAAGACGGUUUUAUUACUGAAAAUGAUUUAAUCGAACUUUACAAUAAAUUUAAUAUUAAUUAUGACGAUAAUUUUGUAACAGCUUCUAUUAAAAAAUACAGUGGAAAUAAUUCAAAUAAAAUCAGAUUUGAAGAUUUUUUCAAAAUUAUGACACAAAACUAUGACUUUUCAGCUAAUUCAAAAAAGAAAUUGUGAGAUUUUUCCAAAAGUAAAUAAAUUUCUACUCUAUUGUUUGUUCUGUUUACAUUUUUAUGAUUUAUAAAUUUAAUAAAGGAAUAAAUACUUGUUAUACUAAAUAAAUCUAAUGUGAAAUUGUUAUUAAUUAAUUUAAAAGUGUAAUUUUUAUGGAAAAAUUAUAAAAAGUUAUAAAUUA